AUGCCGUUCACAACAACGACUGAUUCGACAGCUCGGCCUCUACAAUUGUACCUACUGGAACAAUGCCAUUUACAACAAGUGAAGGCACAUCUUACCAGAGCACAGCUGAAACUACAGCCAGAACUGUUGGUCGUACAACAGGACCUAGGACCUCUACUGCUAGAUCAACAGUCAAAGAUACAACAACGACAUCUGCAACAAUCCACUGCAACACUGCCAUUUACAACGAGUAAAACAACAACAAAUCAGUUGACAACUCACAAAACAGCCCUAGAGACGCAGGGUACAACCUCAGGCCCUACAACAAGAGCCUCCACCGUACAACCUACUGCAACCAUGCCAUUUACAACAACUGAUUCGACAACUCGUCAGUUUACAACUAUAACAACACAACCGGAGACGACUGUGCCAACCGAAAGUCUUACGACAAGUACCUCCACGACAGAAGCUACCCCAACAAUGUCAUUGACAACGACACAUGGAAGGACAACGAGCAAGAAAACUACUAUAACAACGCAACCACAAACGACAGUCGAGACCACUCGUCCUACAAUAAGGGCUUCUACAAUAGUACCUACUGGAACAAUGCCAUUUACAACAAAAAAUGAAAGAACAACAAGAACAUCAGGAGAUAUAACUGAGACGACAACACCAAACAGGACGCCAGUAAAAGCCACGUCAGAGGGGCCCAUGGAACUUUUGUUUGACUAUAAUGUCACGCAAGUGGAGGUAACGACAUGGCUCUCAAACGUGGAUGUGGAACUAUCCGAGGAACUUCAUCUGGAACAAUUCGAGGUGUCGCUAACAGAGAUGCAGAGCCAAGAUGGAGUGCCGCUGGUCAGUCUUACAGCAACAGCCAAUGUGGAAGUGACUGAGGAGCGCUGGGUGUUGGUGUACAAGAAAGGUCCGGGUGAAACACAUACAGGACUUCUUUUUCCAGAGUUGGAAAAUCUCGACAUAACCGCUGGACUUACAGGAGUCUUGCCUGCGGAAGUUCAAGUCAGUGCCAUACGUUCGGCCUCCGAACUUUACUUCAGCCGACAUCUUGGCAGUCUUCAAACGGACUACGCAAGCAUGAUGGCUACAACGGACUUCAGCAGCCUGGUGCAUUUGUCUGCCCCUGUGCCAAGUCAAAUUGAGCUAAAUGAACUGUUCUGCUUACAACGACUUCCAGCAAGUUUGGAAUGGUCUGUGCAGGCCAACCCCCAAGUCGAGUUUAGCAUCAGUAUAUCCACAAGUGCAACUGACGGAGUCAUUCUGGCCAGCUUUACUCCACCAAGUGUCGAAGUAUUUGAUUAUGCGGCAAUGCAAGUUGAAGUAACUGCGUGGGAAUCGAACCUGGAUGUUUCCCUGUCCGAAGAACUUCAGCUGGAACAAUUCGAGGUGUCGUUAACAGAGAUGCAGAGCCAAGAUGGAGUGCCGCUGGUCAGUCUUACAGCAACAGCCAAUGUGGAAGUGACUGGGGAGCGCUGGGUGUUGGUGUACAAGAAAGGUCCGGGUGACACACAUACAGGACUUCGUUUUCCACAGUUGGAAAAUCUGGACAUAUUCGCUGGACUAACAGGGGUCUUGCCUGCGGAAGUUCAAGUCAGUGCCAUACGUGCGGCCUCCGAACUCUACUUCAGCCGACAUCUUUCCAGUCUGCAAACAGACUACGCAAGCAUGAUGGCUGCAACGGACUUCAGCAGCCUGGUGGAUUUGUCUGCCCCUGUGCCAAGUCGAAUUGACCUAAAUGAACUGUUCUGCUUACAACGACUUCCAGCAAGUUUGGAAUGGUCUGUGCAGGCCACUCCCCAAGUCGAGUUUAGCAUCAGUGUAUCCACAAGUGCAACUGACGGAGUCAUUCUGGCCAGCUUUAGUCCACCAAGUGUCGAAGUAUUUGAUUAUGCUGCAAUGCAAGUUGAAGUAACUGCAUGGGAAACAAACCUGGAUACUGCGCUGUCCGAGGAACUUCAGCUGGGACAAUUCCAGGUGUCGCUAACAGAGAUGCAGAGCCAAGACGGAGUGCCGCUGGUCAGUCUUACAGCAACAGCCAAUUUGGAAGUAAAUGUGGAGCGCUGGGUGUUGGUGUACAAGAAAGGUCCGGGCGUCACACACACGGGACUUCUUUUUCCAGAGUUGGAAAAUCUGGACAUAACUGCUGGGCUUACAGGGGUCUUGCCUGCGGAAGUUCAAGUCAGUGCCAUACGUGCAGCCUCCGAACUCUACUUCAGCCGACAUCUUUCCAGUCUGCAAACGGACUACGCAAGCAUGAUGGCUACAACGGACUUCAGCAGCCUGGUGGAUUUGUCUGCCCCUGUGCCAAGUCGAAUUGACCUAAAUGAACUGUUCAGUUUACAACGACUUCCAUCAAGUUUGGAAUGGUCUGUGCAGGCCAACCCCCAAGUCGAGUUUAGCAUCAGUGUAUCCACAAGUGCAACAGACAGAAUCAUUCUGGCCUGCUUUACUCCACCGAGUGUCGAAGUAUUUGAUUAUCCGGCAAUGAGUGUUGAUGUCAUUGCAUGGGAAUCGAACCUGGAUGCUGCGCUGUCCGAGGAACUUCAGCUGGGACAAUUCCAGGUGUCGCUAAGAGAGAUGCAGAGCCAAGAUGGAGUGCCGCUGGUCAGUCUUACAGCAACAGCCAAUGUGGAAGUGACUGAGGAGCGCUGGGUGUUGGUGUACCAGGAAGGUCCGGGCGUUACGCACACUGGGCUUCUUCUGUCGGAGUUGGUAAAUUUGGACAUAACCCAGGGUCUGACAGGGGUCUUGCCAGAGACACUUCAAGUCAGUUCCAUACGUGUGGCCUCCGAACUCUACUUCAGCCGACAUCUUGCCAGUCUUCAGACGGACUACGUCAGCAUGAUGGCUGCAACGGACUUCAGCAGCCUGGUGGAUUUGUCUGCCCCUGUGCCAAGUCGAAUCGAGCUCAGCGAAGUCUUCUACUUACAACUACUUCCAGCAAGUUUGGAUUGGUCUGUGCAGGCCAACCCCCAAGUCGAGUUUAGCAUCAGUGUAUCCACAAGUGCAACAGACAGAAUCAUUCUGGCCAGCUUUACUCCACCGAGUGUCGAAGUAUUUGAUUAUUCGGCAAUGAGUGUUGAUGUCGUUGCAUGGGAAUCGAACCUGGAUGCUUCGCUGUCCGAGGAACUUCAGCUGGGACAAUUCCAGGUUUCGCUAAGAGAGAUGCAGAGCCAAGAUGGAGUGCCGCUGGUCAGUCUUACAGCAACAGCCAAUGUGGAAGUGACUGAGGAGCGCUGGGUGUUGGUGUACCAGGAAGGUCCGGGCGUUACGCACACUGGGCUUCUUCUGUCGGAGUUGGUAAAUCUGGACAUAACCCAGGGUCUGACAGGGGUUUUGCCAGCGACACUUCAAGUCAGUUCGAUACGUGUGGCCUCCGAACUCUACUUCAGCCGACAUCUUGCCAGUCUUCAGACGGACUACGUCAGCAUGAUGGCUGCAACGGACUUCAGCAGCCUGGUGGAUUCGUCUGCCCCUGUGCCAAGUCUAAUCGAGCUCAGCGAAGUCUUCUACUUACAACUACUUCCAGCAAGUUUGGAAUGGUCUGUGCAGGCCAAUCUCCAAGUCAAGUUUAGCAUCAGUGUAUCCACAAGUGCAACAGACAGAAUCAUUCUGGCCAGCUUUACUCCACCGAGUGUCGAAGUAUUCGAUUAUCCGGCAAUGAGUGUUGACGUAACUGCAUGGGAAACGAACCUGGAUGCUGCGCUGUCCGAGGAACUUCAGCUGGGACAAUUCCAGGUGUCGCUAAGAGAGAUGCAGAGCCAAGAUGGAGUGCCGCUGGUCAGUCUUACAGCAACAGCCAAUGUGGAAGUGACUGAGGAGCGCUGGGUGUUGGUGUACCAGGAAGGUCCGGGCGUUACGCACACUGCGCUUCUUCUGUCGGAGUUGGUAAAUUUGGACAUAACCCAGGGUCUGACAGGGAUCUUGCCAGCGACACUUCAAGUCAGUUCCAUACGUGUGGCCUCCGAACUCUACUUCAGCCGACAUCUUGCCAGUCUUCAGACGGACUACGUCAGCAUGAUGGCUGCAACGGACUUUAGCAGCCUGGUGGAUUCGUCUGCCCCUGUGCCUAAUCGGAUCGAGCUCAGCGAAGUCUUCUACUUACAACUACUUCCAGCAAGUUUGGAGUGGUCUGUGCAGGCCAACCCCCAAGUCGAGUUUAGCAUCAGUAUAUCCACAAGUGUAACAGACAGAAUCAUUCUGGCCAGCUUUACUCCACCGAGUGUCGAAGUAUUUGAUUAUCCGGCAAUGAGUGUUGAUGUCAUUGCAUGGGAAACGAACCUGGAUGCUGCGCUGUCCGAGGAACUUCAGCUGGGAGAAUUCCAGGUGUCGCUAAGAGAGAUGCAGAGCCAAGACGGAGUGCCGCUGGUCAGUCUUACAGCAACAGCCAAUGUGGAAGUGACUGAGGAGCGCUGGGUGUUGGUGUACCAGGAAGGUCCGGGCGUUACGCACACUGCGCUUCUUUUGUCGGAGUUGGUAAAUUUGGACGUAACCCAGGGUCUGACAGGGGUCUUGCCAGCGACACUUCAAGUCAGUUCCAUACGUGUGGCCUCCGAACUCUACUUCAGCCGACAUCUUGCCAGUCUUCAGACGGACUACGUCAGCAUGAUGGCUGCAACGGACUUCAGCAGCCUGGUGGAUUCGUCUGCCCCUGUGCCAAGUCGAAUCGAGCUGAGCGAAGUCUUCUACUUACAACUACUUCCAGCAAGUUUGGAAUGGUCUAUGCAGGCCAACCCCCAAGUCGAGUUUAGCAUCAGUAUAUCCACAAGUGCAACAGACAGAAUCAUUCUGGCCAGCUUUACUCCACCGAGUGUCGAAGUAUUUGAUUAUGCUGCAAUGAGUGUUGACUUAACUGCAUGGGAAACGAACCUGGAUGCUGCGCUGUCCGAGGAACUUCAGCUGGGACAAUUCCAGGUGUCGCUAAGAGAGAUGCAGAGCCAAGACGGAGUGCCGCUGGUCAGUCUUACAGCAACAGCCAAUAUGGAAGUGACUGAGGAGCGCUGGGUGUUGGUGUACCAGGAAGGUCCGGGCGUUACGCACACUGCGCUUCUUUUGUCGGAGUUGGUAAAUUUGGACAUAACCCAGGGUCUGACAGGGGUCUUGCCAGCGACACUUCAAGUCAGUUCCAUACGCGUGGCCUCCGAACUCUACUUCAGCCGACAUCUUGCCAGUCUUCAGACGGACUACGUCAGCAUGAUGGCUGCAACGGACUUCAGCAGCCUGGUGGAUUUGUCUGCCCCUGUGCCAAGUCGAAUCGAGCUCAGCGAAGUCUUCUACUUACAACUACUUCCAGCAAGUUUGGAAUGGACUGUGCAGGCCAAUCCCCAAGUCGAGUUUAGCAUCAGUUUAUCCACAAGUGUAACAGACAGAAUCAUUCUGGCUAGCUUUACUCCACCGAGUGUCGAAGUAUUUGAUUAUCCGGCAAUGAGUGUUGACGUAACUGCAUGGAGAUCGAACCUGGAUGCUGCGCUGUCCGAGGAACUUCAGCUGGAACAAUUCCAGGUGUCGCUAAGAGAGAUGCAGAGCCAAGAUGGAGUGCCGCUGGUCAGUCUUACAGCAACAGCCAAUGUGGAAGUGACUGAGGAGCGCUGGGUGUUGGUGUACCAGGAAGGUCCGGGCGUUACGCACACUGCGCUUCUUCUGUCGGAGUUGGUAAAUCUGGACAUAACCCAGGGUCUGACAGGUGAGUAG